AUGUUGGUGUGGCUGGAGAAUGGUAUGCACUGGAAGAAACGAAAUGUGGAGAAUGGGGCCAUUUGUGAAGGGCCAAUCCAGCCUCCACAAGAUUUGCUCCUAGAAUCCGAAAAUACCAGUGAAGGCAAAUACUGUGUUAUUAUGCUUUUAUACUUGGAAAAAAUAAACCUAACUUUUUGUGUUUGUUUUUCUUUCCAGUAUUAUUUUACUGUUCUUUUUGGACAUGAGGGUCAGAAACCACUGGAGCUGCGCUGUGAGGAGGAGCAGGAUGGCAAAGAGUGGAUGGAGGCCAUUCACCAAGCCAGUUAUGCAGACAUUUCGAUUGAGAGAGAAGUAUUAAUGCAGAAAUACAUUCAUCUAGUUCAGAUCGUAGAGACAGAAAAAAUCGCAGCAAACCAACUUCGGCAUCAACUUGAAGAUCAAGAUACAGAAAUCGAAAGGCUUAAAUCAGAGAUUAUCGCUCUUAAUAAAACUAAGGAACGAAUGCGCCCUUACCAAAGCAACCAGGAAGAUGAGGAUCCAGACAUAAAGAAGAUUAAGAAGGUUCAGAGCUUCAUGCGAGGAUGGCUGUGUAGAAGGAAGUGGAAGACCAUUGUGCAGGACUACAUUUGUUCUCCUCAUGCUGAAAGUAUGAGGAAGAGAAACCAGAUUGUGUUCACCAUGGUGGAGGCAGAGUCGGAGUAUGUGCACCAGCUCUAUAUCCUGGUCAAUGGCUUCCUCCGGCCCCUGAGGAUGGCAGCCAGCUCCAAGAAGCCACCCAUCAGCCAUGACGAUGUCAGCAGUAUUUUUCUCAACAGUGAAACAAUCAUGUUUCUUCAUGAAAUAUUUCAUCAAGGACUGAAGGCGAGGAUAGCAAACUGGCCUACUUUGAUUUUGGCUGAUCUGUUUGAUAUUUUGCUGCCCAUGCUGAACAUUUAUCAAGAAUUUGUGCGUAAUCAUCAGUACAGUCUCCAAGUACUUGCCAACUGCAAGCAAAACCGAGAUUUUGACAAACUCCUAAAACAGUAUGAGGCCAAUCCUGCCUGUGAGGGGAGGAUGCUGGAGACAUUCUUGACCUAUCCAAUGUUUCAGAUUCCCAGGUAUAUCAUCACACUGCAUGAGCUGCUGGCUCACACACCCCAUGAGCACGUGGAGAGGAAAAGUCUGGAGUUUGCUAAAUCAAAACUGGAGGAACUGUCCAGGGUGAUGCACGAUGAAGUGAGUGACACUGAAAACAUAAGGAAAAACCUUGCUAUCGAAAGAAUGAUAGUGGAGGGUUGUGACAUCUUGCUGGACACCAGCCAAACUUUCAUCCGCCAAGGUUCUCUUAUUCAAGUACCUUCCGUUGAGAGGGGAAAACUUAGUAAAGUUCGCCUGGGUUCAUUGUCUUUGAAAAAGGAAGGAGAGAGACAGUGCUUCUUGUUUACAAAACACUUUCUAAUUUGUACAAGAAGUUCAGGAGGAAAGCUGCAUCUGCUUAAGACAGGUGGUGUUCUGUCUCUCAUCCAAUGUACGUUGAUUGAGGAGCCUGAUGCAAGUGAUGAUGACUCUAAAGGUUCUGGGCACAUGUUUGGACACCUGGAUUUUAAGAUAGUGGUGGAGCCUCCUGAUGCUGCCCCCUUCACUGUGGUCUUGUUAGCACCUUCACGCCAGGAGAAAGCUGCCUGGAUGAGUGACAUCAGUCAGUGUGUGGACAAUAUACGAUGUAAUGGUUUAAUGACUAUAGUGUUUGAAGAGAAUUCCAAAGUUACUGUGCCACAUAUGAUUAAGUCUGAUGCCCGUCUACAUAAAGAUGACAUUGACAUUUGCUUCAGUAAAACCCUCAACUCCUGCAAAGUGCCCCAGAUCCGCUAUGCCAGCGUGGAGCGCCUCUUGGAGCGGCUGACCGACCUGCGGUUUCUGAGCAUCGAUUUCCUGAACACCUUCCUGCACACCUACCGCAUUUUCACCACAGCCACUGUAGUGCUGUCGAAGCUCUCUGACAUCUACAAGAGGCCUUUCACCUCCAUCCCCGUCAGGUCAUUAGAGCUAUUUUUUGCUACCAGUCAGAACAACAGAGGUGAACAUUUGGUGGAUGGAAAAUCCCCGCGUCUGUGUCGCAAGUUCUCUUCCCCACCACCACUGGCAGUGUCCAGAACGUCCUCCCCAGUGAGGGCCAGAAAGCUGUCUCUGACUUCCCCCUUGAACUCAAGGAUGGGAGCCCUGGACCUGACCACGUCUUCCUCUUCCAGCAGUCCUACCACCAUUCACAGCCCAGCUGCGUCCCCACCACCACACUCCGCAGCAGCAGUGCUGGAGUCUGUACCAGCAGAUCGAGCAGGAGUGGAAAACCCCCCGGCAGUGGACACCACAGAGCUGUCACCUUGCAGGUCUCCCUCAACUCCCCGGCACCUCCGCUAUCGCCAGCCUGGAGGACAGGUAGCUGACAAUGCCCACUGUUCUGUUUCACCAGCUUCUGCUUUUGCAAUUGCCACAGCUGCAGCAGGACACGGGAGCCCACCAGGAUUUAACAACACAGAGACAUGUGACAAAGAGUUUAUCAUCCGAAGAACAGCUACCAAUCGAGUCCUGAAUGUCCUCCGUCACUGGGUCUCAAAGCACGCACAGGAUUUUGAACUCAACAAUGAACUAAAGAUGAAUGUCCUAAACUUGCUAGAGGAAGUUUUGCGAGACCCUGAUCUUCUUCCCCAAGAAAGGAAAGCCACAGCGAAUAUCCUGAGGGCCCUUUCACAAGAGGAUCAAGAUGACAUCCACUUAAAAUUAGAAGACAUAAUUCAAAUGACUGACUGUUUAAAGGCCGAGUGCUUUGAGACCUUGUCGGCCAUGGAGCUGGCUGAGCAGAUCACCCUCCUGGACCACAUCGUUUUCAGGAGCAUUCCCUAUGAAGAGUUUCUUGGGCAGGGGUGGAUGAAGCUGGAUAAAAAUGAAAGAACACCUUAUGUUAUGAAAACCAGCCAACACUUUAACGAUAUGAGUAACCUGGUGGCCUCCCAGAUAAUGAAUUACGCGGAUGUCAGCUCCCGUGCCAACGCCAUUGAGAAGUGGGUGGCAGUGGCAGACAUUUGCCGAUGUCUGCAUAACUACAACGGUGUGCUAGAGAUCACCUCGGCCUUAAACAGAAGUGCCAUCUACAGGCUGAAGAAAACGUGGGCCAAGGUGUCCAAGCAGACAAAAGCUCUGAUGGACAAACUUCAGAAAACUGUUUCAUCUGAAGGAAGAUUUAAAAACCUCAGAGAGACCCUUAAAAAUUGCAACCCCCCAGCAGUUCCUUAUCUUGGAAUGUACUUGACAGACCUCGCAUUUAUUGAAGAAGGAACACCAAACUUCACAGAAGAAGGCCUUGUCAAUUUUUCCAAAAUGAGAAUGAUAUCACAUAUCAUCCGAGAGAUACGCCAGUUCCAGCAGACUUCCUACCGAAUAGACCAUCAACCAAAGGUCACACAGUACUUGCUUGACAAAACCCUCAUCAUAGAUGAAGACACCCUCUAUGAACUGUCAUUAAAAAUUGAACCUCGACUUCCUGCUUGAAGAUCUGGCCUUGUCCUCCAGACCACAGCAUUCCCAUGGAAAGCAGGACAGAUGGACUUGUGCAUGUCAUAUCUAAUGUGGCACCCAGGGGACUGGGAAGAGACAAAAUUGGUCUCCUUUCUCCACCAAAGAUGGAGCUGAACUGCAAUUCUGUCUCCAGCUAGAAUGAAACCCAUCUGUGUGGGUCAGAGACAGAUGUUUCAGUCUGGUGUAAAGGUCAAUGCUUGGAAAAGUUGGUGGUACACGUGACAUAAGGGAAUGUAAGAUGGGAGAUGUUAGUAGCCAUUGUAAUGAAGCAGGUAUGAAGGUGAAUUUUCCUCUGUCCCAUGUUCUGUUAGAACUUGGGAACAAGGACCCAUAGAAAAGACCUGUGAUGUUUCUCUGUUACUUUACUGGCCUGGGCACAUCUGCCAAUCUUCUAGGAUUAAAUUGCUUCCAUUAUGCUUCCUCUUAUCACAGGCUUCACAGAAAAGCCGAAGCUUCCUCUCUAGGGCCAACACAUAACAAGUUCAGUCUACAGCAUGUGCAUGGUUCUUAGUGCAUUAUAAACAUUCGUGUUUGAGGAAUGGUAUAUUCUGAAACUGCCUUUCCAGUCUUUAGGCAAAGGAAAGAAAUGAUGAAAGACAAGUGGGUUUCUGGUAAUAUUUCCUCAAUUCAAAACAAUAUGCUGUGUCUUCGGGGUGGGGUGGGGACUUCUUUAUGAGACUGGUGUUCCCAAGAAGCCACCCCCUUAGAGAGGCAGCUGCAGAGUUAGCAGAAAGGGGCAUGCCACUUCACCGACAAAACUGUGGAACAAGACAGAAGGCCACAAAGCACUGUAGGGAAUAAUGGGUUGCAUUGCUAAGUGAAAAUAUAUACCUAACAAUCAUCCUUGCACCUUGUUUUUCUUGUUUUCUUUUAUCCUUUAGAACUAUAGGAAUCUUUUCUGAUUGACAUAAAUCUUUUGGGGGAGCUCAGUAUGAACAUUGGUUGUGUUUUUUCAAAGCUGUUUUGUGGGGCUUUCUUCUGAAAACCCCACACUUCCAUGUGCUGUUGGUAGAUAGUCCUCCCCAGCCAUGUUUGCUUAAAAAGAAUUUUGAGAUUGUCCUGAGUGACAAUACUGUAAGUGUAUGGGAAAUGGGAUCAACCAUCCAACAGCUCUUUAUAGCAGAA